AUGGCUAGCUUAACUAAAGAAUAGAUUUUUAAAAAAAUAAUUUAGAAUCGCGCCUACAGAGAGUAAAUACUCGCUGAAGAACGUCCAAAUUUUGAAUAAAUUAUUUAAUAAAUUUAAAAAGAACAUCUAUAAAAGCUAUAAAAGUAAAAAAAAAAAAAGGAUAAAUCUCAAGAAGAUAAGAAAAGCUAAUAAACUCAAGGCGACUAGCUCAAUGAGAAUUUGCAACUUGAAGUUGAAUUGAAGUAACUCUUUAAUGCUAUUGAUGAAAAAGUUAAAAGUAUUAAUACUGGAGCAAUGCAAAAUAUUUCUUCUUUAGUCUUAUCUAGGUCACUUUAACUUACCUAAUACGUCUCUCCUUAAAUCUAAAUAUCAAAUGAAUCUCUUAGUUUCCUUCAAAAAUCUGAUAAUGUUGUAGCUCCUAAUUUCAACUCUCCUGUAUAAAUGUAAUCUCAAGACUCCUAGGGAUAGGCUAAUUCAUAAAUUGCUUAAAUGUAAUAGCAAGGUGAUUAAGAAGAUACUUCCGUUAACUAGAACUUAUAUAUAGAAGGAAGCAGCAGCGAAUCUACCUUUAAACUAGCCUAAUUGAAUGAGCUUAAUUAGUUCAACACAAAUGUGGAAUCAAUUCAAAAUGCUAGUGAUACUAGCAGCUCCUCCUUGCAUUCAAUUAUUUAAACUUUAGUCACACAAUUAAAUGCAAACGAUAAUGCAUAAAUUGAAGAAGGAAAAUAAGAGGAAGAAAAUUAAUCUGAAAAUGAUUAAACUAAAUGA